CUCAUCAUGACGCAGACCUCGAUCGACCGUCAUCUGCAGGAACGGUCGGCUUUACUCGAGCGAGAAAAGACGAGUCGCCGCGACCAUGCCUUCAAGACGAACAUGUCCCCUGUUGCACAGAUGGCUGCGGAGAUCGUCGCACUCACCCGCCAGCAUGAAUCCAAGAUCUUCUGGACAACCACUGAGGGCAGCCAUAGCGAAACCAAACAUCCAGUCCUCUUCCCAGGCAUGUCGUUUGCCGUCUCGCGCGACCGGAUGCAGCGGACCUGGUUAUGGAAUAUCGUGGCGGCCAUGCCCAAGGGCUGUCUUCUGCACGCCCACAUGGAGGCGAUGAUCGACAUCGACUGGAUGCUGGACCAGGCAUUAGAGAUCCCCGGGUUCUGCAUGUCAAGUCCAAUCCCCAUCAACCCAGCCACAACCACAGAAUUACCACCACCGUUUGAAUUCCACUACCGCCCUGGACGAUCAGUCGCUUGCGCAAUCCCCUCCAUCUGGACCGCCGAUUACCCUCCCAACGAGCUAAUCCCCCUCGGUCAAGUCGCUCGAACGCACCCGGGCGGGAUAUCUGCCUUCAAAUCCUGGGCCAUUGUCCAGAUGACCAUCACGAAAGACGAGGCCCUGUACCACCACCACCGGGGAAUCGUCGACGUGUGGAAGAAAUUCGCCGCCUGUUUCCGCGGCAUCGGCGGCCUGUUCUACACGGAGCCCAUUUUCCGGCGAUGCGUGCCGCGACUGCUACAGCAGCUGCACGACGACAAGAUCAAGUAUGUUGAGCUGCGCCUGGUGCCGGGCGCGUUCCACCGAACCGGCUCGGACGUAGCCGAGUCGGACGCGCGGUACUUCUUCGAGUGCUUCGCGCAGGAGCUGCAGGCGUAUUGCGCGUCUCCGCACGGAGCAGGCUUCUGGGGCGCGCGGAUGAUCUGGACGGCGCUGCGCAGCCUCCCGGACGAGGCGAUCCGCGCGUCGAUGCAGCACUGCCUCGACUGCAAGGCGGCGUAUCCGGCGCUCAUCGCCGGGUUCGACUUCGUCGGCCAGGAGGGUCUGGGUCGUCCGUUGGUGGACCUGCUCCCCCUGUGCCGGUGGUUCCAGCAAGAGUGCGCGCGGCGCAACCUGACCAUCCCCUUCUUCUUCCACGCCGGCGAGUGUCUGGGCGACGGAGACGCGACCGACGGGAAUAUCGUGGAUGCCAUUCUGCUGGGCUCGCGUCGCAUCGGCCAUGCGUUCUCGCUGUAUAAGCAUCCGUUGCUGAUUGACAUGGUCAGGGACCGUCAGAUCCUGGUGGAGAUGUGUCCCAUCUCGCACGAGAUCCUGCGGCUUACCUCGAACAUUCUGACGCAUCCUAUGCCGGCGUUGCAGGCGCGUGGCGUGGCGGUGUCGUUGAAUAAUGAUGAUCCCGCGAUUUUGGGGCACGGCGGCAAUGGACUCAGCUAUGACUUCUAUCAGGUGUUGAAUGCGUUUGAGAACACCGGGCUUGGCGGCGUGGCUGCUAUGGCGGAGGAUAGUGUUCGCUGGGCUGCAUUCGAGGAUGAGUCGGAGACGGAGUGGUUGGCGGGGGUGGCUGGUCAGGUUGGUGGGUUGAAGGCUUCUAGACUCGCGGAAUGGCGGGCUGAGUUUGAGAGUUGGUGCGAGUUGAUUGUCAGGCAGUUCGCAUGGGAUGUUAAGGGUGGUGUAGGGAAGAGAGCUGGUUAA